CGCGCGGUCUCCUUAUUUUCAACGUUCUCUCCGUCUCUCGUUCUCUUGGUCUCUUUCUCUGUUUGGGUCUAUCGUUUGCUGUUUUCUAGGGUUUGCUCCGCAGCCGAGAGUACUCAGUAUGGCUGUGACUGCUGCAAAGGGACUCACUGGAAGGCCUGAAGGAUUUGUUUUAAACCGGCUAGGAGAACACACAAAUCAAACAAAGAAUGUUACUUGUUCCUUCUGGUUAGCUGGAAAAUGCACGAAAAACCCCUGUAGGUUCAUGCACAGAGAACUUCCACUCCCUGCUGUUCAAGGAAAAAUUGCUAAGAAGCCCCACACCAUGACUGAGGGCCGAACAUGGAAGAGGACCAAUCAUGAUAACCCCAAGGGCUCAUCACCUUCUACUGCUGUUAGAGGCUCUGGAUAUGCGAGAACAAAAAAAGCAUUGGAGGGCAGAAGCACGAAGAAGCCCCAGACAUUUCCUGGUGGCCAACCAACCAAUCCUGUCAGCCCCAAAGGCUCAUCACUUUCAAUUUCUGUUAGUGGCUCUGGUGAUACAAAAAAUGCAUUAGAGAGGUUUGUGCUGCCCUCCGAUCAAGACAGAAAUAUGAAGAAGCUCCACACCUUGACUGAGGACCAACCAAGGGAAAGUCUUAAUCAUUACAGACUUGAAAAUUCGUCAAUUUCAAUUGCUUUGAGUGGCUCUGGAGAUACAAGAGCAGAAAAUGCCAUGGGAAGAAUCUGCAAAGAUUGGGUCUCUGGAAAUUGUAUGAGAGGUGAUCAGUGCAACUACUUGCAUUCAUGGUCUUGUGGUGAUGCGUUUUCCAUGAUGGCAAAGCUUGGAGGGCAUACGAAGAGUGUCACUGGGAUCACACUUCCAUCUGGAUCGGACAAGCUUUUUUCGAGCGGCAAAGAUGGAACUGCACGAAUUUGGGAUUGCCAUACUGGUCAAUGUGUGCAUUCAAUGAAUCUUGGUGAUGAAAUUGGGUCUUUGAUUAGUGAAGGCUCAUGGGUUUUUGUUGGCUUGCCAAAUGUUGUUAAGGCCUGGAACGUUCAGACAUCUGUUGAGUACAACCUUAUUGGGCCAGUUGGGCAAGUUUAUGGCAUUGCUAUUGGCAAUGAUAUUCUUUUUGCUGGGGCACAGGAUGGUGUUAUCUUAGCAUGGAAGGGUAGUUCUGAAUCUGAUCCUCCUUUCCAGCUGGCUGCAUCUUUGGAAGGUCAUACUUCUGCUGUUACAUGUUUGACUGUUGGAGCCAUGGGGCUUUAUUCUGGAUCCAUGGAUCAAACUAUAAGGGCGUGGGAUCUCAACACUUUAAAGUGUACCCAUAAGCUGAAUGGGCAUAAUGAUGUGGUGAUGUCUCUUCUUUGUUGGGAUCAGUUUCUGUUGUCCUGUUCGUUGGACCACAAGAUCAAUGUUUGGUAUCUUACUGAAGAGGGCAUCUUGGAAGUAGCAUAUACCCAUAACAUGGAACAUGGAGCCCUGGCCUUUUGUGGAAUCGUUGAUACAGAAAAUAAACCAAUUUUGUUAUGUUCUUGCAAGGACAAUAUUGUUCACCUCUUCGAGCUACCAUCAUUUACAGAGAGGGGCAAGAUAUUCUCGAAAGGGGAAGUUACGUCAAUAGAGAACGGUCCUGAGAACCUAUUUUUCAUCGGGGAUGCAUCUGGGGAUUUGACUGUAUGGAAGUUGGGUGGACAGAGUUCGUGAUUUAUAGUUUAAGAACAGCAUUACUGUACAAAUUAUUUGCCAUUGAUAAGUGGCAUCAUAUCUGGGCUGUCACGAACAGUUGUGCAACAGUGUGAACAUUUGCCAUAAUAUAAUUAUAAAUUUGCUCAAGCGCUUUUGGAUCA